AAUAAUUAUCUUCGAGUGCUUGCCGACCAAGAAAAUCUUCGCCAACGUACGCGUCGAGAAAUAGAACAUACUGCACAAUUUGCAAUCCAAAAAUUCGCUCGUGAUCUACUAAACACCGCCGACAUUCUAAAUCUAGCUCUGAAUUCAGUUCCAAAAGAAGCGCUAGAAAACGCGGAAAAAGAAAAUCCACACCUUCAUAAUCUUUAUACGGGAGUCAAAAUGACCGAACAAGAUCUUUUAAAGACACUUAAAAAUUAUGGGGUCGAGCAGAUUAACCCGCUAGGCGAGAAGUUUGAUCCGAAUGUGCAUGAAGCGAUGUUCCAAUCCCCGGUAGAGGGUAAAGAAGAGGGAACAAUUUUUACAGUUCAAAAAAUUGGAUAUAAGUUAAACGGAAGGGUAAUUAGAUCGCCGCAGGGUUAG